AAUUUAUUAGUCAACUAUGAUAAAUGUGUAAUCUAAUGAAUGAGGUAAUACUUUUAGAAUUUGACUACAAUGAAAGAAUAGGAGACUAGUGGGUAAAUUGUCAAGUCAACUUGUAGCCAACUAUGCAGCUUGUCUGACUUGUUCAUGGCAGAGCUUUCUUCUCUAAUCUAGACAGAUACUCAUAGGAGAAAAAAGUUGUUAAGAGGAUUCUUCAUUUCAUUCCUAAUUGAUUGGUUUAGACUCUAGUAGUAAUCAUUGAUUAUCAUGUCACAAUCAACACUACCUUCUAUUUCUUCUUUCACAUGUGAUUGGACUUAUGAUGUCUUUCUCAGCUUUAGAGGCAUUGAUACUAGAAACAACUUCACUGGUAAUCUGUACCAUUCUCUACAUCAUCAAAGAGGUAUACAAACUUUUAUGGAUGAUGAAGAAAUUCAAAAAGGAGAAGAAAUCACACCUACUCUUCUUCAAGCCAUUAAACAAUCUAGAAUUUUCAUUGCUAUUUUCUCCCCUAACUAUGCAUCUUCAACGUUUUGUUUGACUGAACUUGUUACCAUCCUUGAGUGCUCAAUGUUACAAGGAAGGUUAUUUUUGCCGGUUUUUUACGAUGUGGAUCCAUCCCAAAUCCGAAACCUAACAGGAACUUAUGCUGAAGCUUUUGCAAAACAUGAGGUGAGGUUUGGAGAUGAGAAGGAUAGCAAGGUGCAGAAAUGGAGGGAUGCUUUGCGUCAAGCUGCAAAUGUCUCUGGAUGGCAUUUCAAACCAGGGUUUGAAUCAGAAUAUAAGAUUAUUGAAAAGAUAGUUGAAGAAGUCUCUGUAAAGAUAAACCGCGUUCCUUUGCAUGUAGCAACCAACCCUAUUGGCUUGGAGUCUCAAAUAUUAGAAGUGACAUCACUCCUUGGACUUGACUCGAAUGAGAGAGUCAGCAUGGUAGGCAUUUAUGGAAUCGGCGGAAUAGGCAAAUCAACAACUGCUCGUGCUGUGCAUAACUUAAUUGCUGAUCAAUUUGAAGGUGUGUGUUUUCUCGAUGACAUAAGAAAGAGGGAAAUUAAUCAUGAUCUUGCACGGCUCCAAGAAGCACUACUUUCUGAUAUAUUGGGGGAGAAGGAUAUUAAAGUAGGAGAUGUUUACAGAGGAAUGUCAAUAAUUAAAAGGAGGCUUCAAAGAAAGAAAGUCCUUUUGAUUCUUGAUAAUGUCGACAAAGUGCAGCAGUUACAGGCAUUUGUAGGACAUGGUUGGUUUGGCUUCGGCAGCAAGGUUAUAGUCACUACAAGGGACAAGCAUUUGCUAGCCACUCAUGGAAUUGUGAAAGUAUAUGAGGUUAAACAACUAAAAAGUGAAAAGGCUCUCGAAUUAUUUAGUUGGCAUGCAUUUAAAAAUAAAAAAAUUGAUCCAUGUUAUGUGGAUAUUGCAAAACGUUUAGUAACUUAUUGUCAUGGUCUUCCCUUGGCUUUGGAGGUGAUAGGUUCUCACUUGUUUGGAAAAAGUUUAGGUGUAUGGAAAUCCUCAUUAGUUAAAUAUAAAGGAGUCCUUCGUAAAGACAUCCAUGAAAUUCUUAAAGUUAGCUAUGAUGAUUUGGAAGAAGAUGAGAAGGGUAUAUUUCUAGACAUAGCGUGCUUCUUCAAUUCUUACGAAAUAAGCUACGUCAAAGAAUUACUAUACUUGCAUGGUUUUCAUGCGGAAGAUGGUAUACAGGUGCUAAUUGACAAAUCUCUCAUGAAAAUUGACAUCAAUGGUUGUGUGAGAAUGCAUGACUUGAUUCAAAGCAUGGGCAGAGAAAUCGUGAGGCAGGAAUCAACGUUGGAGCCUGGAAGACGCAGUAGAUUAUGGUUUAGUGAUGACAUUGUUCAGGUUUUGGAAGAAAACAAGGGAACUGAUACAGUUGAAGUCAUAAUCGCCAACUUGCGCAAAGGUAGAAAGGUGAAAUGGUGUGGAAAAGCCUUUGGGCCGAUGAAGAACUUGAAAAUUCUUAUAGUUCGAAAUGCACAAUUUUCCAAUGGUCCUCAAAUUCUUCCAAAUAGUUUGAAAGUUCUUGAUUGGAGUGGAUAUCCAUCAUCCUCCUUACCAUCUAAGUUUAAUCCCAAGAAUCUUGCAAUACUUAACCUGCCUGAAAGUCACCUUAAAUGGUUCCAAUCACUUAAGGUGUUUGAGAUGUUGAGCUUUCUGGAUUUUGAAGGAUGCAAGUUCCUAACUAAAUUACCUAGCUUAUCUAGAGUACCAUAUUUGGGGGCUUUGUGUCUUGAUUACUGCAUUAAUUUAAUUAGAAUCCAUGAUUCAGUUGGGUUUCUUGGCAGCCUUGUGUUAUUCAGUGCUCAAGGGUGCUCCCGACUAGAAAGUUUGGUUCCCUACAUUAACUUGCCAUCUCUAGAGACUUUAGAUCUUAGAGGUUGCUCGCGUCUUGAUAACUUCCCAGAAGUACUAGGAUUGAUGGAGAAUAUAAAAGAUGUUUAUUUGGAUCAGACUGACCUAUACCAGUUGCCUUUUACAAUUGGAAAUCUUGUUGGUCUCCAACGUUUGUACUUGAGGGGAUGCCAAAGGAUGAUUCAAUUACCAAGCUACAUAUUGCCUAAAGUUGAGAUAAUCACAACUUAUGGUUGUAGAGGAUUUCGAUCAUCUGAAAAUGAAGAAAAAGUGAGUCCAAAAGUGUUCGCAAAUGCCAUGUGUGUUUAUAAUGAAUAUGGGAAGUCCUUCCUUAAUGUGUAUUCUCGUAACAUAAGCUCCAACGAUGUGAUAGAAGUAAGUCAUCCUUGGUGGAGCCAGCAUGGUUAUGAUCUCUCGAAUUUUGAAUUUGACCUAUUUUGUUCGAAACUUGAACUGGGUAAGCUUAAAAGGAGUGAAUCAUCAGUGUGUUUUUGGUUCCGGAAAAAAUUCCCCACGAUAGCUCUAUGGUGUCUUGUAAAACCUGGAAAUCAUCUAAACAACAUGGUGUUGGAUUUCAAGCUGAACGUACUCAUCAAUGGCACUAAGCAACUCACUUCUUCAUGUCAAUACAUAUUUUAUACACAUAAAAAGACUGACCAAUUUCUUUGUUGUGAUCUACAAUGCAAAAUGGAGGGCGUAUUUUCAGAUAAUGAAUGGAACGUUGUGGAGAUUUUAUGUGAGAUGGAACAUCUCAUGCCUGGUGAUUCUAAAAGGACCAUGGCUCACCAAGAAUGGACCACUAAGAAGAUUCUGAAGUGGUCUCUCCUGUAUGUCUACCCAGAAAAUGAAGAGGAAGAUUACAAAUUAUUUGACAACCCUGAUUCUCCUCCACCAACUAAAGAGAUAGUUGCACACAAGCAGAUAUUACAAGAAUAUCUACAAAUCUACAACUCUUCCUUGGCUAUAGGGGAACGGCAAUUGCGGGCUUAUAUUGAUGUGACUUAUUGAUCUAAUGGUAAUAAUAUCCACAAGACAGCUACUACAGACGACAAAAGACUUCAAAGCACUCUGAAGAGAAUGGUAUCCCUGCAAUUGAGGAAGUCAACAUCUUUAAGGAUGACGUGGUUAUUCAGUAUUUAAACCCCAAAGUACAAGCAUCUAUUGCCACCAGCACUUGGGUUGUUAGUGGUUCACCUCAGACAAAGAAGUUGCAGUAUAUCCUCCACAAUAUCAUUCACCAAUUUGGGCCAGAUAACUUGGAAAGUCUGAAGAAGCUAGCUAAGCAAUUUCAGAAGCAGGAGCUGAUGCAACCGCAGCACAAGAGGAUGAUGAUGAUGAUGAUGAUGCUGUACCAGAUCUUGUCCCCGGGGAGACUUUUGAAACUGCUGCUGAGGAGACCAAGGCUUGAAAGUUUUUCUGUGCCAACUUUAUUUUUGGAUGUCAUUUUUUCUCUCCUCUUUCUCUCUCCAAAAUUAUGUAUUUCAGGUGAUUUUUGUUGCUCCUGUUUUAGAUACUUUUAAGUUGUUAAAAACUCUUAAAUCUGCUCUAUGAUCUAACGAAGUGUAUCUAACUGACAGCACCUAAGUUUGUCUGCUGAGUUUGUCUAUUGUAUGUCCACCAUUAUUGGAGGUAGCAAUCAAUUUUGGUAUUUGUAUUCAUAA